AUGAAACUAGAAAGAAUGAAAUUACCCCAAUUCAGUGGAAAUAUUCGAGACUACCCUCGUUUUCGAUCAGAUUUUGAAAAACAAAUCCUACCAGAGUUGGAAUCUGGAAAAGUUGCAUAUGUCCUCAAAUCAUGUCUCGAAGGUGAAGCAUUUGAUGCCAUCUACAACUUAGAUGAUGAUGUAACGAAAAUGUGGAAGCGAUUAGAUGAAAAGUAUAUGGUCUGCCAUCAAAAUUAGUCGAUGUUGUCGUAUAUGAUAUUAAGAAUAUAAAGCACUUACAGGAAGGAGAUGAUAAAUCAUUUCUAGAGCUUAUAAAUACGGUUGAGAAAGGCUAUCAAGAUCUAGCCAGAAUCAAUAUGGAAUCUGAAAUAUCCAAUAGUGGAACAGUCAGUUUAAUCGAAGAACGAUUGCCUCGUGACAUUAAGCGGGAAUGGUCUAGAGAAGUCAACAGAUCAACCAGCAAAGUAGAACAGAAAAAUAAGUUCCCGUAUCUUCUCCAAUUCCUUCAAGAACAAAGAAAGAUUAUAGAAUACGAGUCAUCAGAGCUGAAGACUGGAGAGGAUCAUGCUCGCAAAGGUCGUGUCCACAUGAUUGACCGUGAUGGAAAGUUUAUUGAAGACAAAGAAGCUACAAAGACGACCAGGUGCUUAGUUCACAGCUCGAGCACGCAUAAUACGGCCGAUUGUAGAGUAUAUCAAGAGAUGGCGCCUGAAGGGAAAGUCCAGUUGUUAAAGGACGAGCUUGCUGGUCAUGCCUCAAGAUUGGUCACCGCUCUAUUGACUGCAGACAACGCAAGAAAUGCAAGUGUGAUGAUUGUUCAAAAUAUCACAAUGAUUCCUUACACGUAG